AUGUCAACCAGCGUGCAGUGUUUCUACUGUCGCGAGGACCUCGGCGGCAAGAGGUUCGUACGCAAAGAGGGCCGUCCGGUAUGCGUGCGCUGCCACACAAAGUUCUGCGCUAACAGUUGCGCCGAGUGCCACCGACCCAUCUCUGUGGAAUCCAAGGAACUGAGCCACAAAGGCCGAUAUUGGCACGAGGACUGCUUCCGAUGCGCCAAAUGCUACAAGCCGCUGGCUAAGGAGCCAUUCACGACCAAGGAUGAGCGCAUCCUGUGUGGCAAGUGCUGCUCCAGAGAAGAAGCUCCACGCUGCCACAUCUGCUAUAAACCCAUACUCGCCGGCACGGAGAGCGUGGAGUACAAAGGCAACUCGUUCCACGACGAGUGUUUCACCUGCUCCCAUUGCAAGCGACCGAUGGCAUCGCAGAGCUUCAUCGCCAAAGGAAAUGACGUCUACUGCAGCCCUUGCUAUGACAUCAAGUUCGCAAAGAUCUGCGUCUCCUGCAAGAAGCCAAUCAUGUCCGGAGGAGUGAACUACCAGCAGCAGCCUUGGCACGGUCACUGUUUCGUGUGCAGCUCUUGCUCCAAGCCUCUAGCCGGGUCCAGCUUCACCAGCCACCAAGACCAGGCCUUCUGCGUUGACUGCUACAAGAAGACUGUGGCUAAGAAAUGCGGUGGAUGCCAAAUGCCUAUCACAGGUUUUGGCAAAGGGGUGAACGUUGUGACCUACGAAGGAGGCUCCUGGCACGAAUACUGCUUUAAUUGUAAGCAGUGCUCCCUCAGUUUGGCGAACAAGCCGUUUGUGGCCAAGGGCCGAGACAUCCUGUGCGCCGACUGCGGUGAUAAGUAA